AUGGAUGAAGAUCAACAAGAUCCAAAUCAAGAUCCUUAUGCUGAAACAGAUCAGAAACAAUCCUUAAGAAAUCGUUAUUCAUCACCUGUAGAGACCAAAUCUUCGAAAUGGCAUAGUAAAAUUAAUGGCAUGGGUGCUAGUGUUCGUCGCCUACAACUCGAACUGACAGAGCUAACUCUACAUCCACCAGCUAACUGUUCUGCUGGCCCUAAAGGUGAUAAUAUCUAUCAAUGGGUUGCUACGAUAUUAGGCCCAGCUGGAUCAGUUUACCAAGGUGGUGUCUUCUUCUUAGAGUUGGAAUUUACCAAUGAUUAUCCAUUUAAGCCACCUACUGUAACAUUUCGUACACGUGUUUAUCACUGUAAUAUCAAUUCCAAAGGGGCAAUUUGCUUGGAUCUAUUGAAUGAAAACUGGAGCCCAACAACAACUAUUAGUCAAAUUUUACAAUCAAUUUGUAACCUAUUAAAGAAUUGUAUUCCAAGCAAACCAUUAGUCGAUAAUAUUGCACUCCUUUACUUCCAAGAUAAAAGCAGGCACGAUGAGAUAGCUAGGCAAUGGACGCAAAGAUUUGCCACUUGA